AUGGCCUUCUUCACGGGGAUUACUCUCCCCCUCCUUGCCCUGCUCUUCUUAGCAUCCUCCUCACACACCGCCUGCACCACUGCUUCCCCGUUGGCGCACACGUUAAACGGCACAUACUCUGGCCGCCAUCUCCCCGAGUUCUCUCAAGACCUUUUCCUAGGGAUACCCUACGCCAUUGGCCCUCGUCUCCGCAAUCCUAUCCCCGUCAACGAAUCCUGGACCGACACCCGCGAUGCCACCCGUUACACCAUCGCCUGCUACGCAGACUACAUCCCUGCCGCGCUUAUAUCGCAAGGCGUGACGGUUGGCGAAGAUUGCCUGAACCUCAACAUCAUCCGUCCUGCCGGCACAACCCCGGAGUCUAAGCUGCCGGUGGUGGUCUGGAUCCACGGCGGUGGCUUCAUCGCAGGCUUCGGCGCGGACGGCAACACCAACACAUCCUACAUCGUCCGCGACUCCGUGGAAAACGGGACGCCCAUUAUCGCCGUGACCAUAAACUACCGCCUCGGCUUCUUCGGUUUCCCCGGCGGCAAACAAGUCGCGGCUGAAGGCGUGACAAACCUCGGUCUGAAGGACCAGCGCCACGCCCUCCUCUGGAUCCAGGAAAACAUCGUCUCCUUUGGCGGCGACCCCCGCAAAGUCACCCUCUGGGGCCAGUCGGCCGGCGCCGCCUCUAUCGGCCACCAGAUCCUCGCCUAUGGCGGUCGCGGUGCAGAAGACCUGUUCAGAGGUGGUAUCCUAGUCAGCGGGAGCGCCGGAUUUGCUACAAACUACCUCCUUCCCACGCACCCUAACGCUCUCAAAGCAUACGACGAACUGCUGGACGUGACGGGUUGCGCCGACGCGGACCGCACUCUCGACUGCGUCCGAGAGGCGCCCGCCGACGUUGUCUGGAACACAACCAUCAAGUACCCUUUCCCGCUCUGGUGGCCCUGUAUCGACGGCAACUUCGUCCAGAAGCCGCCGACAUGGCAGAUGCUCGAGGGUGCCAUCGCUCCGGUCUCCAUCAUCAUCGGCGCCAACAAUGAUGAGGGCCUCCUGACCGCCAACGCCCUCGCGGCAGGCGCCGAGACAGACGAAGACACCGCCGCGCUCCUCCGCGCCAGCUUCACCGGCGCCCGCGAGUCGACCAUUCAGCAUGUCCUUUCGGCGUACACCACCCGCGGACCUGUCCUGCCCCCGCUAUCUCUGCCCGCCGACCCGGACAACCCGGCACAGGACCCGUUCUGCAAGGCGCUCCGCGAAGCGAACAUGACCUGCGGCGCGCAGUACCGGCGCAUCGCGGGGAUAAUGGGCGACUACGCGCAGAUCCUCGGCCGGCGGGCGACGGCGGAGGCGUGGGCUGCGGCGGGGUUGUCGGCGUACAGCUACCGCUUCGACACGAACCCGACGGACGUGCCCAUCGUCAAGAACGCCAUCGCCCCGGGCUUCGCGACGCACUCGGCCGAGUACGCGUACUUUUUCAACUUCCCGCCAGAGUACAACAUGCUGGGGCUCAACCCUGCCGUGCGGAACGUCUCGUCGCACCUGACGCUCUCGCGGAACAUUGCGGAUAAGUUCAUCUCGUAUAUUGCGACGGGGGACCCCAAUUCAAUCUCACUGCCCACGGUGCCAGACUGGCCUGAAUAUUCGGCCUCGGAGCCGACCAACAUGGUGUUCAACGCCACCUUCUCGGAUAACAAGAUCAACACGUACGUCGAGGCGGAUACCUGGCGCAAGGAGAACACGGAGUUGUGGCUCAAGUACGCCGUCGAGCUCAACUUUGGAGGCGACUGGCGUCCGUAG